ACUAAGCUCAAAUACUUGAUGUUUUCAGCUUGAUUUUGUUUUGUGAGAAAAACAAUUUAUCGGAUUUUUGACCUUUUUAGAGAACGGCAGAGAUAUUUUAGGGCAGAGGAACCGUUAAUGGUAGGUUAAUUUGAUAUUAUACCAUCGUGGUGUCUUAUAUUUGUAAUCAAAGAAAAUUCAGCAAGAAAUUUUGUCGUGAAAUCGAUGUUAUAUGCUCUGUGCUUAAACCAGGACGCAGAUCUAGAGUAUUGUGAUUCGCAUUGUUUUGAUUCGUUUUGAUGUCUUGUUUCUUUUGAUUCUGUGCAAAGGUAGACUUGAAGACUUAAAGAUUAGUCGCCAAUACUGUCUCCGAGUACAUCUUUGUUUAAUACUCAUUUGUUUUUACCUUGUCGUGGUGUCGCGAUCGGUUUGUUUCAGCCCAGGUUUCAGCCGGCUUACCAAAUACAUUUGUACAGUCCAGAAGCUUAAUUCAAAAGUUGUAUUUUCUACGCUAAUAGACUUCAGUCAUGAAUUUGAGGAUUGCAUUUUAUAUGAAUAGUGUUCUUUUGGAAGUAACAGACUGGUAUUUAAAAUUCCAAUUCCCAAAUGAUGAUUUUAUUUUUUAUAGGUAACAUCGCGUGAUCGCUCAACAGUAUACGAAGAGUAUUCUUCCCCGUGUUUUUUGUUCAUUGUGGUGCACAACAGAUCGUCAUGUAUAAAUCCAUGAGAAGCGAACACAGUUCACCUCUGUGGAGCAACAUAUCUAGUCGAAAAAGUCUCAAGAGAUUUAUCAGCUUCACAGUCUUCCUAGAAGAUGCUUGAUCAUGUUACUAUCUUUCUCUGUCCAUAAGGAUCUACUUGCUGCAACAUUUUACAGAGCACUUAAUUUAGUUUAUACUUAAAAUGGGGGCAAACGCAUCUUCUGCAGAGAACUCACCUGAUUCAACAUUAGUAAGAGUACCAAGAUAUACUCUAGAAGAAAAGAGAAAGAAACAAUCGAAGCUAAACACUCUUAAAAAGAAGCUGAGCAGGAACAAAGGGGCUUUUAAAAUCCACGAUCAUGGAAAAAUGUUGAGAGAUUUAACACAGACAUGGACAACGCAGGAGAUAAAUGCUUUAGUAGAGGAAUAUGAAGCUAUGAUGAACGUCAAAGAACUAACAAAUCAGACCAGCCUUGUGCGGCAGUCUGCACCAAGUCUCAAGAAAGAUCUCUUGAGGUUGUACGAAGAGGGUAUUUGUGCUGAUGCUACUUUAGUUUUUGAGAACACUAGUUUCCAUGUGCACAGAGCUGUGCUGUCUUCGCGAUGCCCUUAUUUCAAGGAACUGUUUUCACAGCACCCGGAAGAAAAUCCUGUGAUUCAUAUGGAGUUUAAAACAGAGGGAAUGACAAAGGACAUUUUUUCAUCACUACUUUCUUAUCUGUAUACUGGAGAUUUCACACCAAAAAAAUCAGGACUGGAGUACAUAGAUGUCUUGAUAAAUCUUGGAGAGGAAUUUGGAACACCCAAUGUUUUGGAGCAGGACUUCAAACAGCUUUUACACAGCUGUGAAUUCGCUGAUGUGGCACUUGUUUUUCCAGCACAAGGCCCUUCGGAAACCUUUCUAUCAAAUGAUGGUAACUCAAUCUCUGAUCAAACCUAUGAAAUUCUGUGUCACAAAGCUAUCCUUUGUUCAAGAUCGCCUUAUUUCAGGUCUUUGUUUCUUAAGGAUAAGCUAAAUUUCUCUGAACAUAAAGCAACAAAUUCAAGUGUACUCAGACUAGUCCUUGAUGAAUCAGUUAUGACACGACAAUACGCACGAAUAGUUUUACAGUGCGUGUACACAGACUCUGUGGAUUUGUCUGCUGUUGUAAAGUGGAGCUCUGAGGAUAGAAGAUAUCAUGCCCCUGGAACUCAUAAAUUGUUGACGGCAGCAGAAAUUGCUAUGGAAGUGUUUGAAGUAGCAAGUUUUAUUGAUUUACCUGUGCUCAUACAGGGUAAGGGAACAAACCUUAUUUAAAUGCCCUUACAUUUGGUUAGGAUUUAAUUAAGCCUUACUCCUUCUCUUGGUACAGUGUACUUGGUGAUUCUUUAGUGAACAUGUAGCCAUUAAUAAGGCUGUUUAUGCAGGAUAAGAUAAGCUGCGUAUAAAUGCCACUAAAUUGAUGUUCACAGCUUAUUCAACCCAUGGCUAACUAAAGCCGCAGGUUGUCCUGACCAAGGGGUUUUGGGCUGUGCUUAUCCAAUCCGUGGCCUACCUUUUACAUAAAUAGACUAAAACAUUGUCUGCAGCUUGUUGAAGCCAUGAACCACUGCUCCGCAUGUGCUGUUUUGUUAUUGUUGCCCAGACCUCCUUUUGCAUUAGCUCUCAAUCCAUUUGUUGAUUAAAAAAAGGUGAGCAUGUGUGACUUUAGAUAGCAGUUUAUUAGCUGAAAAAUUGCUUUGAAAUCCUCUGGGUUGAUUGCUUGCAAACCUUUUGUCGAGGUUCAUGACUUCCUUUGAUAAAUUAUUGUUUUGGAGCCUAACACCAAUCUUGACUUAAAUUUUUAUUUAAAGAAAAUAAAUGUAGACAAUUAGGCAUUUUUUUUUACAAGGCCAAUCGUUUUGCUUUUAUGCUCACUUAAAACAUACAUGUAAAGAUGUAUAAAUUGCCCCAAAACUAGGGACUAAAACUAAUUAACAAUUAAUUAGUCAUCUUGGACUUGUUGACCUCAAACAAAGCCGCAAACCAUUUGUAUUAGCAUUUCACAUCUUAUGUAAACCUUACUCAUAUAAAUUGUUCCUUACAUGUCUUAUUAAGUGGCGGCCAGGGUAAGCUGCGGCUUAUUUUCUCUUGUAUAACUGGCCCAAUUCUUUUCCUAAGGGUGUGAAGAUAUCAUUCUUGAGGAACUCUCCCCGUCUACUCUUCUUCCCACCUUGGAAUGGAGCUCCCUCCCGCAUGGAUCAGACUGGGUCUACAGACAAGCGAUGCAGUUUCUACAAGAUGAAUUUGUGAACAUUGCGCAGUCAGAUGCAUUCUCCUUGAUGCCUAAGAAAUACUUGGUGGAAGCAUUAAAAUCUGAUUUUCUACAGGUAUCAUUGAACUUUUUUAUCUACAGAGAUUUAACUGGCUUUGUCACUCAAAAGUAAGGAACCAGACAUUAUCUCAUUUCUGAAGUCUAUAUUGAAUUUUUAAGCAUCACAUAAAUGAGAAUGCAAUUUUUAUCUCAGGAGAAUUCAAUGCAGACAGACAGAGAGCAAAUUCGUUUAACACUUCGUCUUCCGGGGUCGCCGAAAUCGGAGCUUCAGGAACGGUGACCAAAGAAAUUUCGCAAAAAAUUGUGUUACUUCCGAUUGCUCCCAAAUUUGGCACACAGGAAGUUAAUAGAUUUAGCCAAUCACCUGCCUAGUUCCAGCCCCUGUCGACUUUUGACCGUCACACACCGGGUUUUCGAAAAUUUUGAAUUUUAUGGCGAGUCGCUGGGGAAUCUUUGUGAGCGGUUUUGCGAAUAAUGAAAGCUUGUAUAGACGAAUGUCAACCAAAUACAACUCAAACAAACUAUUCUGAAGGAUUUUGGAGGAUAACAAGCAAAAUAAACGCGAAAAUCGAGGUUAGGAAACAAUUAGAAUCUGUGCAUGCAAAUCGCCGAUCGCCCACUCUGUGCCACAUGUUCUUGAAACGGGCGACGAUUUCCUUCCCGUUUUGCCUUCGCUUCGCUUUUAAGCUGUCAAAUUCUUGCUUAUUUUGAUGAAUUCUAUCAGCAAAUUCAUGUCUGCUUGUCCCUAACUCGAUAUUUUUUGGGAAUCGAGGAAACAAAGCGUCUCAGUGAAGUAAACAUGGGGUCACGAGGUGACGCCAAAGGAUUAUGCUAAUUAUGAUAAUCCAAUUAGCAUAAUCAUGACAGCGUGCAGAAAAAAAUUUGUAGAAAAUUUCUAGUCGCUCCAUAUUUUAGAACGAUUUUCGGGUUUUUUUACUUACAUAUUGAUGAAAAAUAUUUCUUGCUACCACAUCACCCAAAAUAAAGAAGUUUCCUAGCUAAAUGACAUUCUUUAAAAUUUUAAAAAAAUUUUAUGCAAAAUAUGCUUUUUUAAUUUUUUUAUGGCGGAAUAUUAUGGGUUUCCUAUGACCGAAAUAUUUUUUUUUCGAAAGGGUAUUCUUUUCCCUUUCCAAUGAGGUAUAGCUUGAUAUUGAACUGUAAAUAACACCAGAGAUAUGAUUUUUUAAAGUUACAUGGCAAAAUACAUUGAAAUAAUUGGCGGCAGACAAGGAGUUAAUAUCUGUAAGUUGUGAUGGUACAUGUAGCAACAUGUUCAGGUACUUUUGAGUACUGUAUUGACUUGAAAGAGUGCUACAGUGAUUUUAAAAUCAAUGUUUUGACUUGUCAGUGCAGCACUUAAGUGGGUGCAGAGCAGAGCAUAUUUAAAGCUUCUUAAAUUGUGUUUUUACAGUAUUGCACUGUAGGUAGUCUUUGUCCUAAAUAACAUUAACAGCAUGAGAAUAUAUACAUUGUGAUAAGGUUAUGAAAGUUAGUUUUGAGUCCUAAUUCUCAUUCCUUUCGAAGUUUGACUGCUGUAAAUGCUUGUUUUCUUGCCCCUUAUGACACAGUGGUUUGUUACAAAUAGUUAUGGUGAGUCCUGGGGCUCAUCUUGUGAAAAAUCAUGAGUCCCAGUGCAGAACCAUUGAGUCCCAGUUCAAAAAUCAUUUAGUCCCUGGGUCUUCAUGUAACCACACAGUUAAUCUGAAGACAGACUCCAGAACUCUGUAUUACAGUUUACUGAAAUGAAAAUAUACUUCUUCUAUUGUAAAGCACAACAAAGACUAAAAGAAAUAAUCACACAAACAGGAUAUUCUACAAGAAAUAUCUUCAGAUUAUUUUCUGUCUUUGGAGAUUUUUUUGCAUCAGGGAUGCAGGAUGCCGAGGUAACAAAAUCACUGAUGACAUGAAUACACGUAUAUUGAUUUUUUUCUAAUCAUUACUGGUAUGGGAAUACAGUAUGCAUGGAUCUUUGCUAAUAUCAGUUACUCCUUUUUCUCAGGCCUGUGAACAUGAUGUUUUGUUAUCCGUUGUCAAAUGGGGUGAAGCUCAGGUUCUUCAGAAUAUGGCUGAUCAAGGUACCAAAUCUUUUAACUAAACUCGUUGUUCUUUCUUAUAAAAUCAUCCCUCAAAUGGGUAAUGCUACCAGUGGCAAAUCUAGGGGAGGGACCCUAGCUACGACGUUAUUCAUAGGUCAAACCAAGGCCCACAGGGUGGUGACAAAGUUAUCAUUGUCUAGUUUGAGCCCACUUUUUCUUUCUCCAUCUGAAUGAGUGGGCCUUUUCACUUACAGUGUAUGUCAGGGUCAAGAUCUACCACUAGUCAUGGGUACAAGUAUGUAGUUUUGUUUUAAAACCAAAGACAAAACAACCCUGCAGAUGAUAGACUCUUAUUCCUUUUUUUGUCUGAAGAUCCAUUCCUGGAAAGCAAGAAAACCUCCAAGAGACGAGAAAUUGACAGCAAGCAACUUAAGAAAGUGUUAUCAGGUGUUAUUGAGUAUGUAAGGAUUGGGCAUGUCCUACCACCACAUAGUGAACUGCUAGAAAGUGUUUUCCGCCGAGGUCUGGUUGAUCGAGGGAUGCCACUUGACAUUGGUGAAGGAAGUUUCUAUCCCAAUUUACCAUGGAUGAGGAGACGAGAAGAAAAGGAUUUUGUCCGACCAAGAAUUUUUUUACCAUACUUUGAGGAAGCGAAGGUGUGCUACAGUGGCAAUACAUGUAUUAUUAUCUCAAUACAGUGGAACCCCAAUAUAAUGAAGGGCCAAGGGACUGCCAAAAGUUGUUCACUAUAAUGAGGUUUAGGCAGGGUGGGAAAAGGAAGGAGAGCAUGCAACUACGUCUCCGGAAUUUGAAUAUCUGCAUCGAAAAAGUUGAUGCAAAUGCUGAUUGGUGGAGAUGACAUUAGUGAUGAUGUCAUUACCCUUGGCACGUGUUUUUCGAUGAUUGUUUACAUUCGCACUCGUUUCUGCUUUUUCACUGAUUGGUAGAAAUCUGACAGCUCAGUUGACUUGGAGCCACAGGGGAAUUGGAGGUGGAAUUAAAAUUCCUGAGACAUAGUUGCAAGCUCUCCUUCCUUUUCCUGCCCUGCUGCCAGAGCACCCCAGAGAGCUUUCUUGCAGGCUAGGGUGAGCAAUGUAAGCAGAGUGGUUAAUGGUUGACUUUAGAUAUCUUUGAGCAAUCAUAACUUCACCCCGUGUCAGGUAAUCCAAGACCGUCUUGGAUUCAGAAUUCCAUGUUGUGGAUUCUUGAUUCUAGGUACUGGAUUCUGGAUUCCUUAUCAGUUAGACUUGGAUCUGAAUUCCAAUCGGAGGUGGGAUUCCAGAUUCUGUGAGCUGACUUAUGGAUUUCAAAGCCCAGGAUUCCAGAUUCCUGAAGCAAAAAUCUUCCGGUUUCUGGAUUCCAGAAGCAAAAAUUUCCCAGAUUCUGGAAUCCAGGCUCUGGUUGUUCAGACAUUGGAUAGUGCUAUCCACCGGAUAGAUCUCUAUCCAGUGGAUAAGUGUUUGGGAAACCAAUCGCGUUAUCCACCGAAUAGAGAUUUAUCCUGUGGAUAGCAUUAUCCACCUUUCAGACAACACGGCCUUGAUGUCUUACAUGGGGCGAACAUCAAGCUCAUGCCCAUUAACCCUUUAAGCUCCAAUAUCCACAAACAAAUUCUCCAGACUGAUCCCCACACAGUCCUUGAAAGUUUGGUUGAGAGAAUUUGUUAAAAGAUCAAAGCAUUUCCACUUACAAGUAGGUGAUCAUUUUAGCAAUUCCAGUAACCUUUCACCUUGAUUAUGUAUAAAUAUGGUUGGGAGAAAAUUGAUGAUGGUCACUCGGAUCAAUUUCGGUUUCUGGCAAACUGCGCACCUACCCAUUCGCUAAGCUAACAUUAACACUUCUCACUUUGGGCAAAGUGAUGGCAUAGGGGAGGGGUAGGUGAGCAGUUUUCCAGAAACCUUAAUUGAUCCGGUCGCUCUUGGCUCUUCAAGGGUUAAAUUGAUGAAUUAGGUCUAGCCUGCGAGCAAGCUCUUUGGGGCGCUCUAGCGGCGGGGCGGGAAAAGGAAGGAAAGCUUGCAACUUGCAACGUCUCUGGAAUUUGAAUUCUGCCUCCAAUUCCCCUGUGACUCCCCGUCAACUGAGCUGUCAGAUUUCCGCCAAUCAGCGCAAAGCGGAAACGAACGCGAAUGUAAAGAAAACAUUGAAAAACACAUGAAAGCACGCGCCAAGGGUAAUGACGUCAUCACUUACGUCAUAUCCGCCAAUCAGCAUUUUGCAUCGGCUUUUUUGAUGCAGAUAUUCAAAUUCCAGACGCGUAGUUGGCAAGCUCUCCUUCCUUUUCCCGCCCGGCCACCAGAGUGCCCCGGAGAGCUUGCUGGCAAGCUAAAUUGUGUCAAAAUUCAGUUGUACAUGUAUUAUAGUAUCCCUUCCUGUCUCAUUCAGAUAAUUCUUCAAGACCACAAGCAUGCUGAAGUAGAGCUGAUGAGACACCGCAUGUCACGUGUCAGCCACAACAUGCCCGACACACUGUACAUGAUUGAGCCACAGAAACGAACUUAUACAGCACCAGCCCGCAUCCUUUCAGCCUCUGCCUCGGGAAGAAGAGAUCGAGACGAACAGCCUUCAACACCGCAGACUUGCAGGAAUGAAGAGAAUGAAUUAGAGAGAUAUGUGAGAAAUAGGCAUACAAGUGAUAUGUCAUCAGGUAGAGUUUGAUUGGAAGGAUCUUUGCUUGUAACCUCCCACGCAGACUUCUUUUAUUGCACAGUAGGCUACUUAACUGGAGUCAUUGGAGUAAUCCUUGAAGGGUUUACGGUCGUUUCAAUACAAAGUCGUUUCGAUACAAGUCGAUUCGAUACAAACUGAAGUCGUUUCGAUCCAUCAACAAAGUCGAUUCGAUACACGUAGAAAGUCGAUUCGAUUCAACCAACUAAAAUACGCUCUAGGCUAGGUAAUUUAUUCUCAAACUUUCUGACUAAUUUGUGAAACCAGAGGCCCUAAGAAACUCGUGUUUCAGUGACUGGAGGCCUUUUUUCACCUACUUGACCCAUAAAUGAGUCGUCAGUGAUUCGUUUGUUUGUCUUUUGAGUUUCAAGAUUGUUGCAUUGCAUUGUUUUGUAACCUUGCAUAAUGAUAAAGUAAGCGUACUUACAAUACCUUCCAUGCGACGGUCCUCAUUGUAUCAUAUUGCAUAGUUGUCUACAGACUUUGUUUUCCAUGUUUCUUUUCUUGUUAAGGUGACAGAGAUUCGACUGGUCCUGAUAAAAUGGCCGAACGUGAAUUUGCUCUCCCGGAUGUUGCAAUGGAGCUACCGUCUUAUGUCCCGGAUGAUGACUGGGCCUCAGCAGCCGGACCUUCCAGGUUGCAUCCUUUUGGAGCGGAGGUGAAAAAUAGAAACUAGGCCAUCGUACUUCUUCAUCACAUUUCUGCUAAUAAACAUUCUGCGCUUAAAAUAGUUUUUCGGGACCGAAAAUCCUCGGGAGUUUUCAGAAUCACACGCCGGGAGUGACCUGCGGAAGUGACCCGCGGGACUAGACCGUACCAGGGACGGGUUGAGAGACCCUGGUAACGAGGUUGGAGAGUCGUUGGAAAGUGCACGCAUUUGUUGAUGAAUUGUAGAACAAAUAACCCGCUUCCCGCUUUACUUUUUAUCGUUUCUAUCUCAUUAAAAUAAAAUUCAACUCAGAUAUGAGAUGAUAGAGAGAUUUAGGGUCACCUUCACGGUAAACGGCAGAUCCAAGUUGAGCAUUUCUUAAAGCAUGAAAUAAGCGGAACAAAACUGUACAAAAUAGUUCUUAUUUAUGAAACAGGCUUCAAAAUACUACUUUUUAUGUAGACAUAGCCUGCCAGCAAGAUGUCCAUUUUAGGGAAGUCUUAUUGCAGUGUACUCGCUCUAGUUUUUCAAAUGGUGGAUAGCGCCAUCCGUCGUAUCCCGUAUUUAUUCGAAUAAGCGGCCAACCUCGAAUUAGCGCCCACCUCGAAUAAGCGCCCAUCCUAAAGGGAGAAAAAGUUAAAUAGCGCCCAGCCCUUCCUCUUCCCAAUCAAACUCAAAUAAGCGCUCACCCCCACCCCACCCACGUGAGUGAAUAAAUUCUAAUAAGAGACUUCUCCGAGGACGGAGUUUUCUUCAGAGUAUUUUGCAAAAAUCUUGCUUUGUUACUUCUUCGCGUUUUGUUAUUAGCAUUUAUUGUUUUGUUGCAAAAUAUACAUACUUCGCUCGCUGAAAAUGGUGAAAAUAUAAUAGGCGCCCAGCCUCGAAUUAGCGCCCACCUCGAAUAAGUGCCCACUCUCAAGGUCCAAAAAUUUAAUAAGCGCCCAGGGCGGUUAACCGAAUGAAUACUGUAAAUCACUAUUCGUAAUUGGUUUUCUUAAUAAUUAUCCACUGGAUAGCGCUAUCCAACUUUAGAACAACUAGGGCCAAGAGAAAAACAAUCCUUGAAAAUCGCUGUUGUUCAAACUGCUUGAAGAUGACCCAACAUUUUCAAGAACAAAGCCAAAGUCAAAGCGAUUGUGCUUGAACAUCUAAGCCAUUUAAAAAUCGUUUUAACUCGCUUUCAAAGUCGUUUAGUUAAAUACCGUGUUUUACCUCUCACGUCGCGUGUGUUCUCGCGGGAGGUGAUAUAUAUAUGCCUCGCGAGAAGGAUGAAACUCCGAGUAGCGAUAAAUGUUCAAGAGUUAAUCCAGUUCCAUCAGUCUACUUGUACGAUAUAUGUUACUUCCCUUGCUCUGCUUACACAUGUAGGUUAAGAGACCCUUUAUAGACUAAUUGAUGAUAAAAUUAUUGUAAUCCCGUUCUCAGAUAACCGAGUCUGUUCCACAUCCAGUACCCGACGUAGCACUGCCUUCGUCACCCACCUCUAGUGUUUCAUCCUCAGGGAUCCCCCCUGAGUAUUUUCAAAUGAACCAAUCACUGGAAGUCUUAGAUGAUGACAGUUCCAGUGGAAGCGGCUGACAGCGCAGUUGGUUAAUCCACUCUUUCACUGGAUUUAACUUCAAUGACUCGAGAGGGCAGAAUAUUUCCGAGUGUUAUUAUCCAAUAAUGAAGCAAUACGUGUUCCCGAAGAGCCUACUAUUGGAUACGAGAUUUAAGUACCGGGAAGUUAUUAUCCAAUCACGAAAAAAUGUCGCGUGUGCUCAAACAGGUUAAGAGGAUCAUUUUUCACUAACGGAAGAACCUAGAAGUACCAGAAGUGUUAACCAUCAGGAGAAUAAUAUGAAAUCACUCUAUCGUAUAAUUAUAAAAAACUGAACGAGUUUAUAAAGACCUUUAUCGUGUACUCUUGGUUACCGGCAGGGGCCCACGGACCGGAAGCGAGCAACUUCAAUGUUUUCUUGUCAAGGAGUUUUCACCGACCAGUUUAAUUUUAGAUUUUGCGCGAAUUUAAGCCCCAAACAUUUUGGCUCCUUCUAAGUCUACAGACGUGGAAAUUGUAUUUUUACCUUUUAAUGACGUUUAGUUUUCCUUUUUGGUGUCUUGUACUUCGAGUGAGCUAACAGAAGAAGCGGUUGUGGGAAAAAUGUAAAAUGUUUCUUAAAAUAAACUAGUCAUAGUAAUGAGACGUAGUCCUAGUACGGGAGUUUCUUACUCUGGGUUAUGCGCUCCUUGUACCGGAAGCGUAGCUGGCGGGAUACGCGCGCGGGGUUACUUUCUUGGCGGCGGAACCGCCACGCGCGAAGCCGCGCGGGUCCCACCCUAAUCGCGCCAGCUACGCAGGCUACCUCGAACGUUAUCAGCUAAGAAGGAAACAGUCCGGAAACCAGAAGAUCUGAUAUCUCCGACAAUAGUAUAGUAGGUCACCCCACCUUUCGACAGAACAAAACAACAGGACUCACUGAACAUAAUUAUUUGGAGUUGUCAUUUUGACUAUAUGGUGCUGAUGUUACUUGGCAACAGCGCUUUUUACGUUUUGAAUACCGCGGGAUCAAUUUAUACUCGGGCC